AUGAGAAAUGAGAUAAAGGAGCCUGAAACAAUUGAGAAAUUUGGUAAAGCAUUAUUAAGGAUUUUGGAUCAUGUAUUUGGAAUACAAGGGAGAGAAGAAAUACUAGAAAAGAGUAAAGAAGCAAUAGAAUUAUUGAAAGAAAAUGGUGAAGAUGAAGAGGAAUGCUGUAGGGAGCGAAAUGAAGAAGAGAUCGAAAUAAAAGAAGGCAAAGGAAAAGAUAAAAUCGAAUUCGAAGAGAUAACACAUAAAGACAAAAUAUCAAUAGAAGUAAAAUCAAAAAAACAACAAGAAAUAGCUAAUGAGAAUACGAAAUUAAGCGAGGAAACGAAAAAUAAAGAAGUUUCAAAAGAACCAUCAAAUGAGGCCGAAAUUCCAAAAAAGGCAUCGGAGAUAGUAACUCCAUCAGAAGAAAUUGUUGAGGAGGGAACGGUAUCAACUGAGGAAACGCAUAAUGAGGCAGUAUCAGAAGAACCAUCAUAUGAGGCGCAAAUCCCACACGCAGCAUUUGAGGAAGUUACUGCAUCAGAAGAAAUGACUGAUGAGGGAACGGUAUCAACAGAGGAAACGCAAAAUGAGGCAGUGUCAGAAGAACCAUCAAAUGAGGCUGAAAUUCCAAACGAAGCAACCGAGGCAAUCACUCCAUCAGAAGAAAUUGCUGAGGAGGGAACGGUAUCAACUGAGGAAAUGCAAACUGAGGCAGUGUCAGAAGAACCAUCAAAUGAGGCUGAAAUUCCAAACGAAGCAACCGAGACAGUAACUCCAUCAGAAGAAAUUGCUGAGGAGGGAACGGUAUCUACUGAGGAAACGCAAACUGAGGCAGUGUCAGAAGAACAAUCAAUUGAGGCUGAAAUUCCAAACGAAGCAACCGAGACAGUAACUCCAUCAGAAGAAAUUGCUGAGGAGGGAACGGUAUCUACUGAGGAAACGCAAACUGAGGCAGUUUCAGAAGAACCAUCAAAUGAAUCGCAAAUUCAAAACGAGGCAACCGAGCCAGCUUCUCCAUCUGAAGCAAUUGCUGAGGAAGAAACGGUAUCAACUGAGGAAACGCAAAAUGAGGCAGUGUCAGAAGAACCAUCAAAUGAGGCGGAAAUUCCAAAUGAAGCAACCGAGUCAGUAACUUCAUCAGAAGAAAUUGCUGAUGAGGGAACGGUAUCAACUGAGGAAACGCAAACUGAGGCAGUUUCAGAAGAACCAUCAAAUGAAUCGCAAAUUCAAAACGAGGCACCUGAGCCAGCUUCUCCAUCUGAAGCAAUUGCUGAGGAAGAAACGGUAUCAACUGAGGAAACGCAAAAUGAG